CUCCACUUUCCUUCCGUUACAGUUUUAGUGAACGUCAAGCGCGAUGCUGUCUACAGCUCUGGUCCUGUGUUCUGUGGUUUUCCUCGCGUGCGGAACGCAAUUGAAGCCUAGAUUUGAAUACAAGUACAGUUUUAAAGGCCCUCAUCUCACCCAGAGCAACAAAAGCAUCCCUUUCUGGGAUUAUGGCGGCGAUGCCAUCGCUGGUGAAGAUAACAUCAGAUUAGCGCCAUCUAUCCGGAGCAAAAAAGGGUGGGCGUGGACCAACCAGAAGACAAACUUUAACCAGUGGUCAGUGGAGUGUGUCUUCAAGGUCACCGGUCGGGGUCGAGUUGGAGCCGACGGACUGGGGGUGUGGUUCACUGAAGACAAGGGACAGGAUGGACCGGUGUAUGGAAAUCAGGACAUGUGGAGGGGGCUGGGCGUGUUCAUGGACUCAUUUGAUAAUGAUGGACAGCAUAACAACCCGUACAUUAUGGCAAUGGUGAACGAUGGAACACAACAAUAUGAUCACCAGAGUGAUGGAUCAACGCAACAGAUCGGUGGUUGUCUGCGCGACUUCAGAAACAAACCAUAUCCAGUCAGGGUAAAAGUAGAAUACUACAACAAGAUUCUCACGGUUUUUGUCAACAAUGGACUAACAAACAACAAAGAUGACUUCGAGCUUUGUCUGAGACAGGAGAAUGUUAACCUACCAGACAGUGGCUAUUUUGGGAUCACCGCCGCCACAGGAGGUUUAGCCGACGACCAUGAUGUACUGGCCUUCCUCGCUCAUUCCUUACAUUCCCAAGAUCAGCAACCAGCCAGUCAAGUUCCUGAGCAGGAGAGACAGAAAUAUGAGAAGGAGUUCGAUGAUUAUUACAAGGAGCUAGAACAGGCUAAAGAAAACUUCCAGAAGCAACAUCCAGGAAAACAGCCAGGAGACUAUGAAUCAAUGUUUGAAGCUCAGGAAGACCGCGAGCUGCGUAUGAUCUUUGACGGACAAAACGAAAUGCACAACACGCUGAAGGAACUGAACAGGAAGUUAGAUGAGCUGAUGGGAAGGCAGGAAAUGGUUCUGUCCCGUGUCAGUCAGCUCACUGGUGGAAACGUACAGGUAGCACAGGGUGGAACAGCUCCUCCCAUAAUACCCGACACAAUAAAACGUCACGAGGUAGACCAGGUGAUGAGCAACCAGGCGCAGAUCAUGAACGACGCCAGAGAUAUUAAACAGGUGAUUUAUGAUGUACAACAGAGGACGGGCCAAAUCCAAGGCAACAUUGGAAUGGGUGGUGGAUCUCAGGGAGGUGGGGGAUUCCCACAGGAUGUACAGAAUAUUAUUUAUAAACUACAGGAAAACAUGAACUUCGUUCGGUCAGACCUGACCAAUAUCGCCAACAAGCCGCAGGGACAGGUGCACUGUCCGGAGGUCCAGACGAACUGUUUAUCUCCCAUGUUGUUUUUCGUGGCGAUAGCUCUUCAACUUCUGUUUAUAAUAGGAUACAUGGUUUAUAGAUCUAACAAAGAGGCUCAAGCUAAGAAAUUUUAUUAAAUAUAUGAGUACUUUAUAUCAAUGUUGAAAGUUUUUAUUAAAAUUCCAUGGUGCAUUUAAACAUUAUGAAUGAGUUGUGAAAGGGAGGUAACUGUGUGGAAAGAACUGAAUGAGUUUUAUUCUCUGAUGACGCCCACCUGAAGAUUGAGUUAGGCUAAAGAAGAAUGUCGUUUUUUUUAAUUUUUUGUGAGAUUUUUUGUAAUUGUGUUCAUGUGUAGAGAAUGAGAUGAUGUGUAUAGGAAUGUUUUAAUUCUAUAGUCAGGGUUCAUCAUGUGAAUUCAAAAGUUUGGACUCUUAUAAAAAAAAAAAUUUGGUGAAACUCUAUGAAAAACUAUUGUAAUCAUGAGAAUCCUCUGAUUGUGAAAGUUAAUUAUUGUUAUAAAAUAACCAACUUUUGAUUUUGAAGUGCUUGCUCUUUGUUGAAUGUACAAUGUAGUUACAGUUGACUGCCAUAUUUUUUUUUAAAUUGAUUUUAGCAUAAAAUUUAUGUUGAUCUUGGGAAUAAAUGAACACGAUGUUUAUUGUUGUAAAUUAAAAAGGGAAAAAAAUUAUCAGCACAGCAAUUCUUAUCAGUACUUAUUUAUUUGUUAAUUAUUUGCAGCAAUUAGAUUUUUAAAAAAAAAAAUUUUCAUUGCAUACAUGUAAGUGAUAAUGAAGUAAAUAUUAUUUAUAUAUUAUAUUGGGAUUUCUGUAGGGUAUAUCAGAAGUUCGUCAUUUGAAGAUCAUAAUUUUUGUAGUUAAGAUGUGCCACUAUUGACUAAUGAAGUUCUCGUGUACAUGUGUAAUGUGUACAUAGAGGCAGAAACUUACAGUGACGAGGCAGACGAUGGCAAUCUUCAUCAGUCAGUGUGUGGUUGUUAAACAGAAUUAUCAUUAAACAGCUCCAUGAAAAACGUUUUUUAUAGAAUUCAGAAUUCUGUAUAAUGGAGAGUGAUUGCUAUGGUAAUGAAUUGAAGAACACUGAAGAUUUCUAAAUAAGAAUACUAAGUCAAAGUGUGAUAUAUAUAUAUGCCCACAUGAAUGACAGGGUCAGAAACUUAACAUAAGUUAUUAUUCUAUUUUUGAGAAACUGAUAUUUUAAGGUUGAUGUUUGUGUGAGAGCUCUGCCAUUAAAGGAGCUGUAGAAAUUAGCAUUUUUUACAUUCCAUUUUCUGGGAGGAUCCUGUAGCAUUUGUUAAGUUACAGGGUCGUGUGUAUUCAAACUCUGUUCAGAGAUCUAUUGAUAAAUAUGUAUCUAGGUCAUUCACUGUGCGUAAUCAGUUUACAUUUAGAUACUACUUUGAUACUACAUUUUUGCUGCAUGUGAGGAAGAGAUGACAUUUUUUUCUGGUAACCAUGUAUCCUGUAUGUCUAGAAUAUAUCAGUGGACCAUCUCUGUGGCCGUUUUUAGAAGGGAUGGCUUGUCUCACAGAAGAUCUGAACUGGGGUUUUAGCAGCCAUGACUGACGUAUUCUAAAUAGACAAUGUGAAAUGGGUGAUACUCGUAGACUUGUCAGCUUUAAUGCCGUAUAAGCAAAAUUUUUUGUAAGCAUUUAAUUUUGGCAGUAUUGGCAAGGGUGUUGAGAUCGCUAAAAUUGAAUAUCACUAACAAUUCAUUCUGUGUAGUAGGUAAUAGUUAUCUUUCUUGGAAUUAUAAAGUCGCUAAAAUUAUCACUUGCUAAAUACAUAUAUACCCAUUUUUAUGGAGAAAAUCACUAAAUUUGUGACUUGCUAAAAAUUCCACUUGUACGGUAAUACUCUCUUCAGUUUUAUUUGGUUUGAUUUUUUUAAAAAGACAAACUAUACAGAUUUUUCAUCACAUAUAGUAAGUUCUAGGGGAAAGUCGCCCCCCCCCCCCCCCCCCCCCCCCCCCCCCCAAAAAAUGUCUAGAUUGUUUUGUUUGUAGAAGUAUUAGAAUUUUAUGAAAUCGGCAGGUUGGACGUUGGUGCUACAUGUAAUAUAGAAGAGCUUCCCACCAUCAAGUACUGAACUGUCAGCCAUUAUGAUAAUGUAGUAUACCUCCUUAAUUGACAUUCUGUGACAAAAUUAAGAUACAUUUGUAAUUUACAUCCAAGAACUAAAAAUUGAAGUGACACAUCCCCCCAACCACCCACCCUCCAACAUCCUUACUUUAUUUUAGAACAGAGAAAACAUUUGAAAGUGAUACAGUUUUCAGAAGUUGCCAAAAUGUAGUUAGUAGGCCUAUAAAUUACAUAUGUAUUUGGGUGAUUUGUAAAACAAUGUUCAGCUUUUAUUCCGCAUAUGAACCUGCAUGUAAUGUGAUGCUUGCAGAAGUUCUAUAGACCAGACUAGAUUUUUAUGUGAUAGUUUUCCCUCAAUUUACACGCUGCCUGAAGUUAGAAGUGAUUUACACUUAAUGCUAGUCUUGUGGACUUGAAUGUUGAUGAUGUAUUUUUCUAAUGUUAAACUUUCACAUUUUUUACUAAGCUAUCGUGGGUUGAGUUGUGCAAUGGAAAUCUUGCUAAAUACAGGAAUGUACUUGUAUAUCUGCAAUGGACAUCUUACUGAAUACAUAAAUUUACCUGUGUAUCUUCAUUAAAAUGAGGCGAUUAACCCAUCCUUUUUUUGAGGAGCACCUGAGACUAAUGGUUAUGUUUUGUUACAUUAUUUUUUUUUCUGCCUGUGCCCCUUUAUGUUUUCAUUUUAACCCCUUUGUCAUCCCCCUCUAGUCAUUGUAAGGAGUGUGUUAUCUGUGAGGUAGAAGUGUGCAUGUUGCAGCUAAUUGGAGGUUAUGUCGACCAUAUUGUAUCUGUCUUCAUCCAUGUCUGGUAAAUGGUUUAUAUUUAUUAAUAAAGAAAACAAAUUCA